UCCUUCCAUCGCCUGAAACGAAGAUGGCAGCAGCAUAUGGAAGCACCAGGCAGCAGCAGCAGUUGCGUCGUUGUGUGGCGCUGUGCUGUCUCCUCCUCGUGGCUGUCCUAGUGAUUAUUGGUUAUGCCGUGUUAGCUGAUGCUCGAGCAGGCUCGCCGCGGACUGACGAAGUAGCACUUCAGACAGGGCAGCUGCAGGGAUUUAGUAGGAGAUCGAGUACUGAAGCACUGACGACGACGACGACGACGGCUGCAGCUGGUGGUUGGACGGCGUUGGACACGGAGCAGCAGGCGGCUGCCGGCGGCGGCGGGAGGAGGAGGAUGCUGGUCGGGUCCAGGGCUCCGACGUGCACCUACAACGAGUGCCGAGGCUGCCGGCACAGGUGCAGCGUGCAGGAGGUGCCCAUCGACGCCAGCGACCCCAUCAACAGCGCCUACCACUACAAAUGCAUCUGCCAUCUAUAGACCACGUCGCGCGCCGCCUAUGAUAUAGUACAGAGCGGGUCGAUAUUAUAUAUGCAUCGAUAUCUCCUUGCUUGCAUGUCUACUUGUCUAGUUGUGCUUACUAUGUUUUUUGCUUCUUCUUUUUUUUUUUUUUGAGAUGCCAAUGCAUGCACGAAGCAUCCUGUGGUAACAUGCUGCUUGCAUGGCAUGCGACAUGCAUGAACAACCGCUCAUUUUGAAUAAGUGCGGCAGAUCAACGCCACUAUUAUGCAGGUGCUUGUAGCUAAGUUGGACUAGAGGUUGU